UAUCCAUAGAAAUUACUUCGACUUGACUUGUUUUUGAUUUUCAUCCUUCGGAAAUCAGCUGUGUGUCAGUGUGUUUCGUGUCGUCGUAUUGUGUCUUUGUCCCGUCUGUUCUGUAUACAACGCGAGAACUUUGCCAGGUUGCGUGUUGGAAUGUAGGCAAGAGGAGUUUUCAAGACCGAACAGAAUCAGACUAUGGGCGAUUGCACACAAGAUAUCCUAUCCUGGUAUCAAAAGAAAAUUGGAACUUAUGAUAAGCAGCAAUGGGAGAGGACUGUGGAGCAGCGCAUUCUCAGUGGAUUCACACAUGUUCCAAAGAAAACUGCAAAAUUAAAACCAGAACUUAUCGAUGUAGAUUUAGUAAGAGGUUCAGCUUUCACAAAGGCAAAGCCAAAACAUGGCCUGGUUAAAGUUACGAGGCUAGCCAUAUGCAGACUUGUCUUUCUACCUCUGUACUCACGCUGGUGGGCUCAGCAAACAUCUCCUAAAAUAUUUGGUUUCCUAUUAGUUCUAUACUUCCUCCAGUUAUUCAACACUGGACUUUAUUUAUACAUAACAUCAGGUCAUGAUGAAGAUACUAUUGAGAUGAUAACUGUGGCCGAAGUAUUAGUUCCAGCUGCUAUGAUGCUGGUCCUGUGCGUGAUUCACUCUCAGAUAGUUUCGCCCUACAGCUCUGUCUCGUCCGGUUCAAGUCCCGGCAAGACCCGGCGCAUAAGAAGAACCAAGCGCAGACAUCCUACUCUUUCAAGAUCUCGCAAUCUAGUCGGUUCUGACUCGAAAUCAUCGCCAGACACUUGCUCUGAAGUGAACAUUCGUUCAGAAUCUGUAGUUAAACUUAGUAAACGUGUUAGAUUACGCAAAUCAUCCAAAGAAGACAUCACUCAAACAGCUCAUGACAGGCAUCAGGGAGCUGCUCUGGCAAUUGUCAAGCCUUUGGGAAGUGAGGAAUUACAACCUGGCAAGUCUAUUUUGAGGGAAGUUGCAAUUCAGGAAGAGGUCCACGAAGUGAUAGCUGUGGACGACGAUGGGUUCGAAAGUCUCAAUGGAGGAACAACGUCCAGUGAUAAUAACGAGGAGAUGAAAAUGAAGAAUGCCGACGAAAUGUCCAACGAUGAAUUGAAUGAGCCGAUUGAGAACGUUGAUAGAUUGAGUGGGCCAGAUGUUGAUGUUGAUGUUGAUGGGGAUAGCCGAUGUGACCACAAAUGUAUGUGCUUGAAGAACAAUGAUAGUGUAGCUUCGACAUUUAGUUGUAGUAUUAGCGGUCAUUAUAAUGUUGAAAUAAAUACAAACAAUGUGAUAAACGACAAAUACAUUCAUAUUAAUUGCAUUAGUGAUGAAAAUUGCAGCCCGACACAAGCAAAUGAAAACGGUUUACAGCAACGGUAUACAGCUGCUGCCUUGGAACCACUGGAAGACAAGUUCCGUAAUGAGUGGGUCAUCAACCAAGCAGACUCCAGACUUUCUGGUCAGAUUUCCUACAAAUUAUUAUAUAGGGUUAAAUAUUUGUACGGGCGCUUGGUGAACCGGCGGCGGGGCUCGCAGGCGACACUGCAGGUGAACGUGGGGGUGGCUGUGGCGGGGACAGUGAGCUCGCUGCACUCGAGUGGCGACGAUGAGGAGGAGAGCGAGGAGGGAGAGGGGGGUGGCGGCACUGGGGGCAGCAGCUGCUUCUGCUCGCCGCUGCUGACUGAGGGCGGAACCACCUCCGCGGCUGAGUGGAUCGGCAUCACCACCAACAGCGAGGAGUGCAGCUACAGCUCGGACAUCGACGACCUCUCUCUCGCCGCCACCGACUCGCCCGAUCAUCCCUUCCCCUGGGAGUUCCAAAUGUCACCGUCAGUGAUUCUGAGCCCUAGCUGCGCAGCAUCGGACAAGGUGAGCUGCACAAUGUGGGAAAAGAGAGAUGUGAAGAAAGCUGACCUCUCUGUUCUCGACAUCAGCUCGGCUAUCAUUGCCAGAGUAGAAGCUAUGCCUGAGCAAAUGGAAUUUUUCUAUGCUGGUAUGUUGGUGUCAGUGCUGCUGGCAGCUAUUCCCUCUCUGCACCGUUUGAUCACGGAUCCGUCUAGCACGCUGCCAUCGACCGCUGAUGUGUUGGACAGUGUGACGCCAUUGCCAUUCAGUACCUUCCAAUUCACCCCCACCAUUCUCAGCGCUUCUCUUGGUUCGAUUGUUGAUGCGGCAUUUGGUAGCACAUUAUGGGAAAGAGUGGUUGUGCUGAUAGCAAUGUUCGAGAGUUGCGUGCUUUCGGGAAUGUUCUUCUUCCUCCUGGCGGUGGCUGAACGAACCUUCAAGCAGCGCUUUCUCUACGCCAAGUUCUUCUCUCAUUUGACCUCUUUUCGUCGCGCCAGGAAGUCCGAGUUGCCGCACUUCAGACUCAACAAAGUGCGCAACAUCAAAACUUGGCUCUCGGUCCGAUCCUAUCUCAAGAAACGUGGUCCUCAGAGAUCGGUUGACAUGGUUGUAUCUGCUGUAUUCUUGAUCACUCUUCUCCUUCUAUCGUUCGUUAGUGUGGAAUUUCUAAAGGAUUCAAUACGGCUGCAUGUGGAAUACAACGUUGAAGCUCUUGCAUGGUGCAUAGUGCUGGGCUUUUUCCUUUUACGCUUCAUGACCCUUGGCGACAAAAUCAACCGGAAAUACAGAAAUCUAUCUGUGCUGAUCACUGAGCAGAUAAAUUUGUACCUUCAAAUUGAACAGAAACCAAAUAAGAAGGAUGAGCUGAUGGUUGCAAAUAGUGUUUUAAAAUUAGCGGCAGAUUUACUUAAGGAACUUGAAAGCCCAUUCAAGAUAUCAGGUCUAAGUGCAAAUCCUUACUUGUACACGAUCACAAAGGUUGUGAUUCUUUCGGCACUUUCAGGCGUAUUAUCUGAAAUAUUAGGCUUCAAAUUGAAACUUCACAAAAUUAAGAUUAAAUGAGGUGAUUAGCGGUUACUAGUUCAAGGCUGAAAUUCUCGACUGAUUUCUCACAGAUCAUUUUGGAGAUGCCAGUAGAAACUUUGUUUUCUCGAUUGCCAUAAGAUUACUAGCAUCGGUUCAUAAUGCAUGUUGAACUUAUCAACUUUAUUUGUGAGUUGGUAGUAUUAUGAUUUUAUUUAUUUUGAUAAACGAUGAUUCAUUCAA